UGUCAGCCUGCGCUCUGGUGAAGAAAGCGCCGAUGAAGUGAGAGCGUCAAAGCACAGUGCAGUUGGAGGGGAGUAGGCGCUGUGACGGAGGUGAGCCAGUCUGUGCGCGCAUCGCCAAGGCCAACAUCAUCGGACACCCCAUGAACCGCUGCUGCCGCUGCAGGGUUGAUUGGGGGAUUUUGCUUCUGCAGAUACGAUUGCUUCUAAUAUGAAGACUGUUCUCGUGUCGGGUGCAGCGAAUGGUCUUGGCGAAGCUUUCGUGGAAGCCUACAGGACUCAGACUGACACGCAAGUGGUUGCUAUUGACAAGGACGCGAUUGACGUGCAGCGCGAUAAUGUACAACCAUUCACCGUCGACGUUACCGAUGAGAAGUCGAUUGAUGCUUUCGCGAAGCAGCUUGGGGCCAAGCCUAUCGAUGUGGUAAUACACUCCGCAGGCAUUCGUGGACUGGUACCACAUCUUGAAGCCGAAAAGCGAGGCGAUGUCAAUGCCUGUGAGACGCUUGAGGUCAUGGACCUUGCCACUAUGAUGAAAACUUUCCAGAUCAACACCGCAGGCACGUUUCUCCUACUGCGAGCGAUACUGCCAAACUUACGGGCCGUCGAACAUGCCAAAGUCAUCAUCAUGUCUUCGAGGAUGGGGAGCCUCGGCAACAACUUCACCGGUAACCGUGCUGCGGGAUCGGCGUACGCAUAUCGUGCAUCCAAGGCCGCUCUCAAUGCCAUUGUCCGGUCGUUCGUGGUGGAUGUACCGGAAGUUGCGUUUGUACUCUGCCAUCCUGGUCGAGUCGAGACGAAGCUGGUGAAGUGGAAAGAGGAGGGCGCUAUCUCGCCUGGGGAGAGCGUUGCAGGCUUGCUGCCACUCAUUGAGCGGUGGGGUGCGCAGGACAGCGGGUCGUUUUAUGACAGGUUUGGUGAGACGAUCCAGUGGUAGCGCGACUCGAAAAGCCGCCGAGGCACUAGAAGAGAAAGAUAUAUUCUUGGGGUAUGGUAAAAGGCCGCAACCAGUUGCCCCGGCGUAAAUCUACUCGUUAACAUCUACCACCUUCCCAUCGUAACUGUCCUGAAUCAACUUCUCUAGCUGGGCCGCCUUCGCGCCGGUAACACCGCCCAUGAUCUCGCCAUCCUUGAAGAGGUUGAAUGUCGGCAUCUGCCUGGCUCCCAGUUCUUGACUGAUAUCCUCCGCAGUGUCGGUAUUGUAGUUAUAGAACCGGACAUCAGGGUACUUCUUGAUCAUCUUCUCGACGAAAGGCUGAAUAG